CUCGCGUUGCACGCUUUGGGGUUGGGCGUGUUUUUGCCAGCAUCGUGACAGUAUAUCGCAGUGGUGGUGGUAGAAAAACGCACACCGUUCUCAAAGCAUUCUUAUCGAGCACACAAUUCCUGCCUGUUUCACUUAUAACAAAUGUUUGGGCAGUCAUCUGAACCAUUGUCCUUCAGCUGAAGAUCACACUCGCAAUGAAAGCUAGGAUUGAGGAUGGCAUUGUCUAUUCCCCGUUUCCUGACGUGGAAAUUCCUUACUGCUCCUUCUAUGAAGCCGUCGAGAGGGCACUUCUCGUUGAUUCGGACAAGCCUAUCCUGGCCGACGACUCUGUCACACUGACCAAGAAAGACCUGCUGUCCCGUUUACGGCGCUAUGCAGCUGGCUUCCAGCGGCACGGAAUCAGGACUGGCACUCGUGUUUGCGUCCACGUCGACAACAACAUCGACAGCAUUGUCGCCAUGUGGGGCUGCGUCGUGGCUGGAGCAUCCAUAGUCCUUGCCAAGCCUUCGCUCACUCAGAGGGAGCUGCUGUUUCAGAUCACCGAUAGCGACAGCACACACCUUCUCGUUGACCCAGAGCUCUCCGAAAAGGCGCUAAACACAGUGUCCGCAUUGGAACUCAAGGGACACUUCGCCACUGGGACGGCGAAAGGCUUCGUAUCGACAUUGACGUUUCUGGACAUGGAUGAGACGGCGUUCCAGGAAACAAGAUUGGACGACCCACGAGAAUGCGUCCUCUGCAUCCUGUACACGUCAGGCACCACUGGUCUGCCCAAGGGUGUCGAGGUGACGCACUACGCUUUGCUGGCAAACCUUCGAAUGUCAAGGUGGACUUUCCCGCACGACGACUCGGACGUGGUACUUUUGCCAACACCCAUCACACAUGGCUCCGGCUUGUUGUUCAUAACAUUUAGCGUCCUGUUGGGCACGAAGACUGUAGUAAUGCCUCCGAACGCCAGCUUCGAAAGGGUAAUUAGUUCGGCCAGCAAGCACAAGGCGACGGCUGCCAUAUUCCUUCCAUCGCACCUCCAAUAUCUGGUGGAAGAGAUUCGGCGUACGGGCCAGCGCAUCAGUGGGCUGAGAUUCAUCUGUACUGGCGGAAGUGCCUUGAGCAAGCCACAAUACGACGCCGCCCUGGAGGCCUUCGGCAGUGAGCUUGAAUGCUUGGCGAACAUCUACGGCAUGUCCGAAGCCAUAAGCCUGCUGUGCUCGCCGUCACGGAAGGGGGCCAUCGGCAUCGAUUUGGGAUUUCCCGCGCCAAUGACGCAGAUAAAAAUUGUCGACAUGUCUACAGAAAGAAGACUCGGUCCAUAUCAAACGGGCGAGAUCCGCUAUCGCGCUCCAACUGUAAUGAAGAGCUACUACAAGCGACCAAAGGAAACACGGGAGUUUUUUGACGCCGAAGGAUGGUGCAAGUCAGGGGAUGCUGGCUACUACGACGAGGAAGGACGCAUACACUUCGUUCAGCGCUUCAAAGAAAUGAUCAAAUGUAUGGACAACCAAGUGGUGCCCGCUGCUCUUGAAGAAGUCUUGCUCAAGGAGCACUACCGAGAGGUGCUGGACGUCUGCGUAGUUGGCAUACCUUGCCCAAAGUACGGAGAAGCACCGGCAGCCGCCGUUGUGCCUCGAAACAAGGAUCGGAAAAGCCUCGUCGAUUUGGCCAACAGAAUCAAAUCUACCAUUCGUGAAAAUUUUGCCGUCCACAAGCACCUCUACGGCGGUGUGUUCUUUCUGGACUCGUUGCCCAAGACUGAAUCUGGAAAGACGAACAGGGCUGCCGUCCUUGAACAGUGCGCCUCGCUGUCUGCGUACUAAACGACCACGGCACACAGCGGACCGUGCUGCGAGUCCUUUACUACCUUUUGCAGGGAGAUGCAA